AUGGCGGACGAGAAGCGCAAAAGUUCUUCUCUAAAAAAUUUGCUCGAAACUGUUUACGAAGUACACAGAAAAGAUAUUAAAACAUAUACAAGUGGUCACCUGAACUCUAGUAAGCUCUUGAAACCUCAACACCAACGCCACGCCAAAUGGGAGAGUUCAGAUAAACCUCCAGUAAGGUGAGUUAAGCUAAGGAGGAAUUUUUACGAUAAAAAAUAUUGCGAAAGAACAUUUCACUGAUUGACACUCACGAAAUAACUCUUUGUUGAAGGUUCCGUGUAAACUUGGCUUUCAUUUUUUUCAUUACAUAUGGAUCCUCAACUUGCCCUGAACUGUCAUGUUUUUGCAGAAAAUUUGAAGUACAAGAAUUCAUUAAGAUCUACGUAGUAACCCUCCACACUGUCAUACAUUUUUUCGAUUCUUAACUCGGUAAAAUUUCCGCACAGCCCCAUACUAUUGUAAAACAAAUCUGUUUUCCCAAUGGCAAUGUACUAUUUUUGUCAUUGUUUUCUCUAUCCAAGAACUGAAUGCAUAAUGUAGUAUGGGGCUGUGCGGAAAUUUUACCCUUAACUCUUGGAAUUUGAUGAUAAGACAUUACAUUUCCUCUAGUUGAUGUUUCUCUGACUUUCUUCUCAUCAAUUUUAGCUUUCUCCUUGAAAAUAUAUUAUUGAAGUGAUAUCGUGAGAAUUAAGAGUUCCUCUCUGUAAUUUGUCACACUUGGAAGUGAAAGGGUUAAAGUUAAGGAGGCAGGAGGCAGGAGUCCGUAGGCAAAAAAUCUGAAAAAGCUAUUUGUCCAAAGAUUCAGGCCAGAAUAGUAGGAGUUAUAUAAAUUUAUGUUAAGUUUUAGUGAUUGAUCCUAAUUUCUCAUUAAUGAUAAACUUUAUUAUUUUAAAUUGCAGACUUAAGUCUCCCAGCAAGCUUGUUGAUCUCCCAGUGAGAAGAGGUGAAUUAAGUUCUACGGAACUCAGACACAAGACAAUGGCAGAUCGCCUGGUCGAGUUUAGCCUGGGGCCAAUCAGAAAUAUUGCACUUAACGGUGAGUAUUACCAGCAAUCUUGUAGAUAUUAAUUUUAUUCUGCAGUGAAGUGAAAAUCCAGGAAGUUAUUCUGCACUUGUAGACAGGUUUAAGGGCUGGGUCAUAGCGAUUAAGACAUUUAACCCCUUUACUCCCAAGAUCUGAUUGUUAAUUCUCCCCUCUAGCUGCUACUCGUUUCCUUGUAAAUUAGUUACAAGAAUUUGGUACUAGAUUAAAGUAACAACUUCUAGCUGAUAAAUUUGGGUAUUCUCAUUACCUGUUUGCAGGAUAAUGUAUGGAUAUUAAGAGGUUGCAUGUUAAUCACUUCUGUGGGUUAUAGGGUUAAUGGUUUCUAUUAAUUCUAUUUGUAUUUGUGUGUUAUAAUACUUCUGGACUUGAAAUUAAAUAUACUCCUCUUUACCAAAUGGGCUCUGAAUUAAUUUCACAUAUAACAAGAAAUGCUUUUUUUCCUCAGAUUUUAAAUAGUAUUUUGUACAAAACGAUAGACAACAAAAAGAACAAGUGUACCACCCCAACUAUGACAUUAUUUUCAACGUUAGAAUUUAUUUUUUAAGUAUGAUUGGUUUGCUGUGUUUAUGUUGAUGUUUUAUGUUUUAUUACCUAACAGAAUCAGAAUCAGGACCAGAUUUAGCAGAAGAUUUUGAUGAAACAGCUAGGAAAAAAGAGGGAAAAUCAGACAAACCUACCAAAGACAAAACGUAUGUGGAGGAAUUGCAUCUGCCUGAGAUAAUGAUCCCUGUAAUGAAAAAGAAAGGUAGGAAUAACAGAUGAUUUUUAUAAGAACACUAUCUGUACAAUGCUUAAGGAUCAUUUACAAUUAUCCUUUUUUCAAUUCAGAACACCCUAAAAUGUCCACCCUUAGGUUUGAUUUGGUUGACUAGGUUACAGUUUAUAUCUUACUUGGAAAUUGUCCAAUCCCACAACUCCACAAACUUUAUUGUCUAAAUUUGAGAGAAAUGUUAAAACCUUUGUCUUCCAUCAGUGAAAGAUGAAAGGAAGUUGAAUUUUGUGCUAAGUCUUCAGUGGAUAUAGGGACCUGCUACAUAUAAUUGACCCUCUGAAUUCUGAACUGAAAGACUUGGGUAUUAAGCCCUGCCUUAGUGGAGUGAAGCAUGGUAAUGGUACUCCUGGCAAGAAUUCCAGUCUCUCUCCAGGCUCUACCACUCAUUUAAAGGUGUAAAUGGGUGACAGAAAACUGUCAAGGGAACCUAAUAAAAUGUUUGGGGGAAGGUAAUCUUUGAUAAACUAGUUUCCUAACCUGGAGGAGAAGCAUCCUCCCUAAGUUGCCUUUUUCUUCAGAAACUUUAAACAAUUACAAACAGUAUUAACAGUUGAAUGGAUGUCAGUCUCAUACUUGAUUUAAUCAUCUUACAGACUAAGCCUUGGAGAUAAGAGUUAAUAACGAAUGUCCACUCUUUUGAUAUCUUAACCUUUAGAAAGCUCUGGAGAAAAAUCAAAACCAGAUGACCAGCACCACACAUUUGUGAAGACUUAUUUGAGCUAUCCUACCAAGGCAGACCAGUUUGAAAGCUUUAAGAAAUUUGGUGACCAGGUCAUGAACCUAGGAGAUGCUCAUGAUCGAGGUGUACUCACAGGAGAAAGGAGUGUUCGAAAUUUGGAGCAUAGACUGGCAAAGGUAUUUAUUCAGAUUUGUUUGCCUAUGCUUGGAGUUAUUUAUAGGUUGGAAAAAAUCAGGCUGAAUGCUGAGGUAACAAUUUACUUUUAUCCCAUUAUUGUACUCACAAAAUCAACCAUUGUGAAUCUGUUCCACUUUUUUGGGGGAUAAAACUGUUAUGGAGACAAUAGUUUCGGAAAACCAUUUUGUGCAUCACACACUUUGGCAAAUUGUUAAACACUCAACAUCAUGGAGCAGUCACUUGUCUUCAUAUGUUUCCCAGACUUUCCCAGGUUUCUUCAUUAUUUGCUGUACUGAUGUUGACAAUGAUCUCUCCCUAUGCAAUAUUUGGGUUUGUUGUCAUCCACACAGCUGUACACUAUUAGUAACUUAGUAAGCCCUUGAAGGGUUAAUAGAACCUGCUGUAGGUAGUUACCAGCUUUAUCCAAUGGUAACAAACUGGUUAAUAAUCAGUCUGAGUCAUGAAAUCACCUUGUGAAACUAAAAACAGUGCACAAAAUAUGAUUUGACAGCUGUAUUUUCUUUGCCUAUUAAGCAACUGGCUUCUUUGGAAACCUCAAGUCAGAAAGGACCAAACUUUCAUAGACUGCAGAUUUAUGAUAGAUGUUUGGCUGAGAUUAUUGCAGAAUCCAGGACAUUUGGUCCUCUUCUACAAAGAAUCAAAGUGAGUUUACUUAGAGUUUUGGAGUAUGACUUGUAACUAAUCUGAAUUUGGUAUAUUAUGAGCUUCACAAAGUAGCUGCAAAGCUCUUGAUGUAGCAUCUAUAUCUUGAAGCAAUUGAUUUAAGCAAAAAAUUGUAACCCUUUAACUUCCAGAAGUGAUAAACAUGUAACUUCAUCUUUUAAUAUCCAUGCAUUAUUCAGUAAAAACAUAAUAAUAAUAUCCAAACUUUUCAGGUAGAAGUUAUUAUCUUGAUCUAACAACAACUUCUCAUAACUAAUUUACGAGGAAAUGGACAGUGGCUAGAGUGGAGAAUUAACAAUCAGUUCGUGAGUUAAAUGGGUUUGCCAGCAAGUGCCUCAAGUGGAGCUUUGGUGUCUAGGAUUUUUUUGUGUGGAGCAGCACUUGCAUGACAGGAUACCAUCCAUGACACUGACUGGCUAAUUGCCAUAACUGACAAGCCAGCCUUGGGUAGCCAUUCCAUCCUUUUCAUUCAAUGAGGCAGAGAAAAAGACUUGACCUGUCUUGUUUGAAUUCUAAAUGACCUUUGAGCUAGCCAUCAGAGAACCUUAAAACUUAAAGAAUGAAAGCUUGUUGGGUGCAUGUCACAACAAGGUGGCAUCAAUACUGGUGUCACACUCUAGAGUGAGACCAAUGACCAUUUACAUGGAGGAGUCAAAUCCAGAUUGUUGUUGCUAUUUUGAUGGCUCAAAAUUGAACUGUUCAAGCAAUCCAGUAAGAUAACACAAGAGUAGUUGAAACUGAGAACUGAUCAUUGAAUUUGAUAGGUAUAAUUAAUUUUUUUACUUCACAGGAUGAGUAUGACAGUUACUUGACAUAUUUGUUAGACACACAAAAGCCGUCGCAACACAAAGUGCUUUAUCAUCACAUUAACAGCUUCUCAGAAAAUGCAUCCACCUCAGACAAACUAAAAGCUGAAGAGAAAAGAGUUGAAACUCUGGAAAGAGAAGCAAGGCACCUCCUGGAAGAAAAUGCCAGGUUGUAAAUCUCUCUACAAUGACAACCUUUUUAGUUAGUUAUUCUCAAAACUACGUCCUCAAAGUAAUUUGGUAUUAUCAACUGAGUUUAUGAUGGAAAUUUGCCACUGUGAAGAGUUAUAAAGCUGACAUUUUGAGUGUUAGCCCUUCAUCAGAGCAAAUGACACAAAAUGUCAGCUUUGAAACUCUUAACAGAGGCCAAUUUAUGUUAUCAACUCAGUUGAUAAUACCAAAUUACCUUGCUAUACUCCCCCACUGAUGCAGUACCUCAGUUUCUUUAGAAACUUACUUACUUUCUUCAUUCUCAAAGCUAGAUCUGUAAAUUAUCAAUCAAGUUUUUCUUUAAAAAUAUUUCCCGAUUUUAAAACUUUGGCUACUUUUAAGCUUUUAUCUGAAUUACAAACUACCUGCUUACUGUAAAAUUAUGCUUUAACUCAUGCAAUAAUAAGUUUUUGAAGGCUGAAGUUAUUGUAAAAUCUAUUCUACUCUUAUUAAAAACUAUGUACACUUUUUCAACAGUUUGGCCAAACUUUUGAGAGAAGAAGAGCAAAAAGCUGCUGAAGAUUUGAAAGCUGUUACAGUUGGUUAGUUCUCAACAGUGUUAAAACUACUUUUUACAAUUAAAUUUUCUUUCUUCACUCUGCAUUGUUCAGAGAAUGAUAGUUGAUAACAAAAUUACUCUCAAGAAACAGUAAUAUUAGAUAUGGAGGCCUUAUGCACUGCUUUAAGGCAUUGUUAGAGAAUUCAGGUAAAAAUGUUAUUUAGCCCUUUAACUCCCAAGAUCUGCUUGUUAAUUCUCCUUUCUAGCUGCUUCACAUUUCCUUAUAAUUAAGUUAUGAAAAUUUGAUGUUGGAUCAAGGUAACAACUUCCACCCAAUUAGUUUGAGUGUUCUCUUUAACUGUUUCUUUAAAAAUAUUAUACUAUAUAUUAUAUUAUAGGGAGAGGUUACAUGUCAGUCACUUCUCGGAGUUAAAGGGUUCAUUAGUUUGGUUAUUGCUUUGUUCCAAGUAAAUGUCCAUGGUACCUAAACAUUAAGAAAAGAUAAAUCAGAAUGGUUUGGAAUCAUUUUACACUAAAAUUAUUUAUUAUAGUAAGCUGCAAUAGCAUUAAAAGGGUCAAUGAUGGGAUAUGAAAUGUUUUUUUUGUUUCAUUUUUGUGUUUAUGUAUGUUUUCUGUUGCACCAGAACCUCAAGCCAAAGUGUCAGUCCAUAUUGAAGAAGUUCCCAAAGACCUUGAAGAACAAGUAGAAGAUUUACAUGCACAGGUUUGCUUUUUUUUCUAACAAAAAGCCUAUUCCCAGGCUAGAUGAUUAUAGAUAAUUAUUAAAUGAUAUAAACAUUUAAGAUAACAUGAAAAUAUAACAAGAAAGUUUGAGUUGACUUGAGAGUGGAUGUUUUGCUAAUACCUUGAGAGAUGGUCACAAUACUUUAGCAUUAUAACCCUUAAACUCCCAUGAGUGACCAAGAAAGAAUUUACCCCUAGCCUUUCAAUAUCAAACUGAAUACAAUAUCAAGCUGACAACUUAUGACAAUAUUUAACAAAUAUCAAUCAAGUGAUUAGUAGUUGAUCCAAUACUAAAUUCUCCAAACUAACAUCAUGCAAUUGUGUAGUUAACAGUAAAGAGAAAUACCAGUGAGUACUAAAUUAAUUGAGAUCAUGAAGUAAAUUGGUAAACAAUUUGACUGUUGUCUUUUUGUAUUUACAUCACAAUUAUAUCAGAUUUUGUCCCAGUUGGACUGUAUUGACGACAUCAAGAGACAUCAGAAAGAGUAUUGCAUACCCAUCACUGUCUGUCAACAUCUGGAACAGUGCGUUAAGGAAACUGAGGUGAGAUACCUUGACCAUUUAUUGAAAAUUCUACUUGCAGAUUUUUACACAACCAAAUAUUACCAUCAGAUUUGUUUAAGCAGUAGAAUUUCAAAUUUUACAUGGCUUUGUUUGUAGGUUGACAUACAGAAAUUACUCAAGCAGAAUGAAUUUCUGGAGCAAACAAUCAAGGUAUGAACAGUCAAGUAAAACUUGCAUCUUUUUUACUUUCAGAAUUGAUAGUUAAUCCUAAUGGUUAUCUUAUAAAUUUUAAUGACCUUUGUUUACUAAAUGAAAAAUAACAUGGAUGGUUUGUUGAAAAUAUCUGUAUUCCUGUCAUAAAAGCUUACAGGACAUACCAAAAAUUAGGGUGAGUUUUGUAAAGACUAAAAUUAUAUAUUGUUAGGAUAACCACAAACAUUUUCAAAGGGAAAGUGAUGGGCUUCAAACUAUCAAUCUCUAUGUCUAGAAGGGCACAGGGGUGAAGAUAAUUGUUUUUCCUAUGUUUCCCUGUCCAUCUCCAAGUCAUCCACUCCUAAAAUGAAAGACAAGAAUGGGUUGACCAGUUCUGUUUUUUCUCGUUUUUUAUUUUUAGGAGCUUGAGGAAGAACUGCAGUCAAUGCUAGAUAGGUCAAAAGUUCAAGAAAUAGAUGCCAGGUAUGUGCUUUUGUUUUUGCAAUAAUAAGAAAGAAAUUAAGCAUUAUCUUUAACCGUUCAAUUCCCACGAGUGACCAAGACAGAAUUUCUCCUUAAAUUAUCAAUACAAUAUCAAGCAGAAAAGUAAUAAGAAUAAAGAAAAUAUCAUUAAGAGAGUUAGCGAUUGAUCCAAUACCAAAUUCCCCAAACUGACAUCACAAGAAUUGUAUGGCAGAUAGUAAGGAGAAUUGCUGAAAAAAAAAAGGAGAUCUUGGAAGUGAAGGGCUUAAGUAAAUUUACGUGAAAAGCAGGACAUUGGAAUUUAAACAUGGUUUACCUAGUGAUUACAAAUGAUUCACCGUAUUAGUUGUGUUUGGUGACUCCAGAAAAUUAUUUUACAUCAACAGAAAAAAGGUUAAUAAAUGCAGCAGCAUUAAAAUAUGGUACCCAAAAAUGAAAAAUAUUUUAAACCCCAAGGACAUAAUCAACUGGAUGGGUACAUUUACGAAACUGCUGUCACAUUGUGUUUUCAUACUCAUCUAGUCACAAAAUAAUAUGGUGAAAUGCUUUUUAUUCUGUAUCUCUUUUCAUCAGAAAAUUGUGGAGAAGAAUCAACACAAGUGAAGUUGUUCGUCUCGGCAAAAAAGAAAGAAAAGAUAGUUUGAAGUAGCAGAGGAAGAGAAGAAAAUAAUCAAAUGGAGAUACUUUUAUAAAAGGAAACUCUAAAAAUGUAAACCUUGUACACUAAUAUAUUUAUUGUUUUGAAUAUUAAAAGAUUUUACAGUGUACAUAAAAAUGACUUACUGAACUCUAAAUCACAUGACCU